CAUUGUUUGUCUUCUUGCAUUAUUCAGUAACAUUAUUGUGAAAUAUUGCUAGUUUUACUUGAGUAAAUUCUCUAAAUGAAGGUCAAACAUUUUUCCCAGAAAUGCUCCAGAUGUUCAGUUUCUGUUGAAGUGAGACCUCCUGUUUCUACACCAGCUUUGUUCUGAUAUUGUUUUCUACAUGUUGAGUCUGAGGAAACAUUGAGAUCAACAGAUACAGGAAUCAGUGGAAACAUUCCUGGAAGUCCUUCAUUUUCCAUCGAUGAAUCUUCAUGAAUUAUUCAUGAGCUCUCAGGAUCUGAUGCAUCAAAAUGGAGAUUUAACCUUUGACCUCAAAGUUUUCCUGCUUCAGCGAACGUGAUCUGAGAAAUGACUGAUUAACAGGAUUUAGUUUUACCUGUUUUCCAGUUUCUGUUAGUCACCAAGUCAAACGUCACAACAAUAACAGAGUUUCUACUUUUCUCAUUUUUCUGAAGAAACGCUGAACCAAUCAAUGGUUGGUUGGGUCUUAAAGCAACAGAUGGUUUAAAAACAUCCUGAUGGCCGUGCUUUGGUGGUGCAGGGGUUAAGGGUUAAGCACAACCCACAUAAAUAGGCCUUAGUCCUCGACGCGCUGCCGCAGGUUCGAUUCCCGGCCUGGCGACAUUUGCCACAUGUCUUCCCACUUCUCUCAUUCCUGUCAAUACAUGAUCAAAUAGAGGCAAUAAAACCUUAAAAAAAGAACACAAGAAAAACAUCCUGCUGGGGUCAUGUAGAGGUCAACAUGUCCAUUCUGGGAGUUCAUCUCCCAUCAGAUCCACCUGACCCACAUGAAGAAGUUACCUGGACCAGGAGAGAGGAGACAGUCUGGACUCAGAUUCUAACAGAACAUCUUUCACUACAGGGAAACGUGAUGACCCGAAUGAAACCAUAGAAAAUGUUCUGUUGUGAUGUGGAACAGAAAACAAACUGAUUCACAACCUGGGAAAACAGGAAGUUAACCUGGGAAAUCAGGAAGUUAACCUGGGAAAUCAGGAAGUUAACCUGGGAAAUCAGGAAGUUAACCUGGAUGACAGGAAGGAUCUUCCAGCCAGAUGGCGACAGUAAUUCACUGUAUCGUUUUCUAACCCUCACAAAACGAGGAAGAAGAAGAAGUAGGGGGCUAUGACCGCCGCUGGGUCCUCCAAAGGCUGCCUCUGAAGGGGAGUGACGUCACAGCGAUGCCCCUAAAUGACGUCACAGCGAUGCUCCUAUUGGUCCUUCUCCUCCUCGUGUUUGGAGGUUGGUUCUGGUGUGUCCUUCGCAGCCCAAAGUAUCCCAGGAUGCACUGCGGGCCCACAGUGUUAAAUUCUGGCCGUACUAAAGUUAAAAGCGUGUUUCGGGCUCCUGUCGUUUGAAUAGACAUGUUUUUUUUUUUUUAUAAUUUUGGGAAAAAAGUGUUUUAAUCAACUGAUUAACUUUAUUAAUGAUAAAGUGUUAAUAAAAUAAGAGAAAUAAUUUUGCAAUAUCUCCAGCUAAAUUUUUACCGACCCGUUCAGUUUGGUUGCUAGGCGACAUACGCAGACGUCAGGACGGGAAUAAAGAUAACGGCUAACCCGGACUGCAGUCCGGUUCUGUCUCCCAUUGGAAAUGUGACGCAUUAUGAAGCCAAAACGCGACAACAAAGAUUGUUGAGCAACUGAAGCUGUUCAUCAAGAAAACAUGGGACAGAACUCCACCCUUAACUUCACCCAGAGAGGCUAGCUCCUUCUGAGGAUGCUGCCUCCCAAUGGCCCUCUGAAAAAUACGUCACCAUUAUGCGACAUACUGUUCAAAUGACUCGUCCAUUUUCGGGAAUUCCCGUUGUUAUAGCGAUUGUUAGCAACCGUUAACCGUUUAUUCAGUUUCUACAGACUCCAAAGAGCCAUGAAGUUACAUAUCAAAAGGAUCCAGAUUUGCAUCUUCAUCCUUCUACACUCUGUGAUCUGCCUGGAUGUCAAAGGUUUUGUUGGGAAAAGUGUCCUGCUGCCCUGCUCUUAUACUAGCUCUAAAAAGGUGAACGUGUUCUGGAGGGACAAAGACAACAAGAUUCUGCUUGACAUCAAGGAUGGUUCUGAGGACCUGACGUACCAGGACCAGAGCUAUAAAGGUCGAGUGUCCAGCUUCCCAACAGAAUAUCAGAACAAGAACUACUCCAUCACCCUAAAGAACCUGAAGGAGAACGACACUGGAACCUAUGAGUGCAACAUCAACUUUGAUGGUGAAGAAAUAACAAACCACAUAAAGUUGGAGGUGAAAGAAGAUGUGAAGAACUCACACAAUGCUGGAGACACAAGCUGUGUGUCCAGCAGACGGAUCGUCCUGCAGACGUUGGUCCUCUCUGCUCUCAGCCUGAUCAUCUACUUCUAACAUGAAGUUUAAACAUCUCUGCUCUGCUACUUUCAAUCAUUUAUUUACAGAUAAACUUUAAGCAGCUUCUCAACAUUAGUCUAGUAUUAAACUGCAGACAUUCCCGUCCUUCACCUGUUACCGUUUUAUCUCCAUACAAGUUAAAACCUCCUGUCAAUAUUCUGAAGCCUGAGAAGAAAACUUAUCAGACCAGGACAUGGAGUCACAGCCGUCCAGUUUUAUAUCUGGUUUCUCCUCUACAGCUGGAGAAUGUGACGCUUUAAUGUCAGGACAGCUUGAUAUGAGACAAUCUAUGAAAAGAUGGGUCUCCUCUGUCGUCUCCCUGAGGAGGGACUUUAUUAUCUGUCUCAUAACAAACGGUCACAACAUGGAGACAGUCUCAAUAAAUAUGGAAAAAUAUACUUUUUAAUAAAGUUACAUACCACAGCUUGAAGGAGAAGGUCAAGAGUUCAUGACACUGGAGCUGUUGUUGACAGAAUCACCGUUAAGAUUAUUUAUUUAUGAACAUAAAUGUUUUAAAAGAAGUAACAUUUUUCAAAAUCUGAUAUGUUUUUGUCCGUUGAUGUCAAAAAAUAUUUAGCUAAUUUUUCAUAGCAGACAAAUAUUUAGUUCAGCUGAGUUCCUAUAAAAUGCUUUUAUUUAUUGGUAGCAUCUGCUUGAUGUAAGACUGGAGCCUGUCUUCUUCUGCUUCUUCUUCUUCUGCUUCUUCUGCUUCUUCUUCUUCAGGCCAAUCAGCUUCAAUGUUUAUGAAGGAAGCAAGAAGAAAACUUAUAUUCAACUGAUGUUACUAUUUAUGUUAUUAUUUAUGUUAUUAUUUAUCCAUUACUAAAAGACUGAAACCUGGUAUUAUUUCUGUUAGAUAUUGUUCCAUACAUUCUGUGGGGAAAUGAGGAGCUUUUGAAGAUGAUGAAUUAUUAUUUGAAACAUCUAUAGGUAAUGAAUAGUUUCAUACAUGAUGAUGAGAGUCGCUCCCAAAGGUUUAUCUAGUGCAUUCUACUCUACAUCAUAGAAUAAAACUGGUCCGUUAAACUGAUUGAUUGAAAUUUAAUUUAAAAAUAAAAUUAAACUGAAACUCU